CAUGUCGGAGGAAUAAUAGGAUUUCAUUCUUAAAUCGUUUAAGAACGGGAUCUUUGAAGACAAAAAAUAAUAGAAUGAUGAAAUCAGAAGUUCUCCCGAGAUUUAAAGUAUUCACAUCAGGAACAUGUUGGAAAAAAAUCUGUCUUGAACUUGAAACGAGUAUCAUUAAUGAAUCUUGUUUGUUUGUACGUAAACUGUUUUAAAUGGCAGUUUUAUGAGAGGUCAAUGUCAUUAAUAAUUUUUAGUUAGCCACGGAAUAGAAAAAUGUUUCAGGAGACAAAAAAGUUAUCCGAAAAUUUUCUUUGUACUGAAUCCAGAUUAGUUGUUCAAAUAACAUUAAAGCCUUAGCCAGUUUACUGUUGUAAAUCCCUAGAUAUUUAAGGAUUUAGCUUAUGAAUUUAGCCAAAAAAGCAGACACAAUGGAAAUUACACUUGAUUAAGAUUAAGUAAACAAACUACGAAAUUGUCAAAUAAAACAUAAUAUUCCAUUCUAAUCCCCCGAGCAUUUAUAGACAGGUGAAUAACGUUAAGUUUUUCUACUUCUUUAAAUCAGUGAGAAAUAAAUAGUGAGUGGGUGAACAAGUUUAUCUCGCAUUGUCAUUCAAACGCAAUCUCUCAAUUACUUUGCUUACACCUUUUAAUUGUUUUUAUUUUUAAGUGACAACAGCUGCCUGAUCAGUCUGGAUCCGUGGUGCUGCUGCGACUAUCAUGCGAGAAACAAGUGUGGCUCAUAUGUUCAAGGGAACCCUCCCUCAACUAAUUGCUGUUGUAACCGGUACCGUGAGUGCAAUAUCCGAUGGCAUGCAAUACGGUUGGUCGGCUCCUCUAAUCCCCGUCUUACAAUUGCCCGACAGUCCUGUGAAAAUCACCGAGACCGACGCCGUAUGGCUGGAAAACAUCUACAUGAUCGGGGGAAUGGCCGGUCUCCCCAUCACCAUCUACUGUGUCGAUAGGAUAGGCCGCCAGAAAACAAUCAUCGGCGCUUGUAUCACCAACCUAAUCGCCUGGAUCAUCAUCGCAGUGGGAAACUCCGUCGAGUAUCUACUCCUCGCCCGGUUUUUAACGGGUCUCGCCGGCGAUGUGAACUUCGUCGCCGCCCCCAUGUACAUAGCCGAGAUCGCUGAUCAGAAAAUCAGAGGAUUCCUCGCCGGAAUUAUCUACUUGAUGAUGCUGUUAGGAAUAUUAGUAAUUUAUUCCGUGGGACCCUUCGUUCCGGUCUACGCCUCCUCAGUUGUGGGAAUGGGUCUUUUAAUUUUCGAACUCCUCACUUACCCCUUCAUGCCCGAAUCUCCCUACUACCUACUAGGAAAAGGUAAAUAUGAAGCAGCGCAAAAGUCCCUCAGACGGCUUCGGGGCACCAUGGACGUCGACAAAGAACUCCAAGAAAUUUCCAAAGCGGUUGAAAGACAACGAAGCGAACGCGGAAGACCCCAAGAUCUCAUCUUAAUCAAAAGUAACAGAAAGGCCUUACUCAUCAUGAGCGUCCUAAACGCCGCUCAACACCUCAGUAGUAUUAGUGUGAUUUUAAUGAACUUGCACAAGAUUCUAGAAGCUGCAGGUUCGGUCUAUAUGAGCUCGAAAGUGGCCGCUAUCAUAUUCGCAGCUGCCAUGUUAAUAUCAGCAUCUUCGGCAUCCUUCAUCAUCGAUAAAUACGGGCGGAAAAUUCUCCUUACCACCUCGAGUCUUUUAACCGGACUUUCGCUCCUCGUCAUUGCCAUCUUCUUCCAACUCCAGAAUUCCGGAGUUGACGUUGCUGCAGUCAGCUGGAUCCCGAUUGCCUCUGUCAUGGUCUAUGCUGCAGUUUUUAAAUUCGGACUAGGAAUGGUGCCUAUAGUCAUGACAGCUGAGUUAUUCCCCGCUAAAGUCAAAGCGAUGGGAAUGACACUUUCCGAUUUAAUGUACCUCCUUUUCGGCUUGAUUAGUAUAGAAAUGUAUCACGUUUUGAGUGAGGCUUAUGGAAUUCAAGUUCCAUUCUUUAUUUUUGCCGCUUCUUGCUUGCUCACGGCGGCUUUCUGUGCCUUUGUCAUUCCGGAAACGAAAGGAAAGACGCUGGAAGAAAUUCAGUUUAUUUUGAAGGGAGAACCGUAUGAGCCGCCACAUGUUAUCGAAAACGGUAUCAAAAACAACGAAAUCGUCGAUAGUAAAAUUAGUGAUUGUACACAUUUAUGAGAAUCGUCAGUAUGAUUUAGUUGCUCUAAGUACACUUUUGUAAAUUCGACAAUAUUUAUAGAUGGACGGAGGACAUUAAAAUGUUCCGUAAGGUGAUACCGACUGAUUUUAGAAUGUUACAGAAUUGUGAAACAAAGUUUACUUAUCGAAUAUUUACAUCAAAUUAUUCUGCUGCUAUAUUAGAUAGGAUUUUAUUAUUAGCCGAACGAAAUGUGAUUUAGAUCUAUGCGUAUAACAUCAUAGGUAUUAGGAUAUUACUUAAUUUACUUCCAGAACAACUAUUAAAGUUCAAAUUUUGUGAUUAAGAUUCGCAAGAAGCUAUAGGUAUUAGGUACCUAUAUUUUGUAAUACUUUCCAUGAAUCUACUUAGAUAUAACGUUUGUCCACAUAUGUUUUUUUUUUAUAAGCUUGUUAAAUUUCGAAUAAAUAUUUUAAAUAUUUAAA